GAGGAGGUCUUAUAAGCAGAAGCACCAGAGAAGGCAGUCAGUCUCUCUAUGUUACUGUCUUGCUCUCUCACUCCUAAAGAAAGCGGUGUAGAUUGCCAAUAUGAUCCCCGACUGUUGGGGAAACUCAUGAGGUGGUAGGGAGUUGGCUUCAAGAACUUUCUUUUUUUGGGGGGGAGGGUUGGAAUUGGCAGAUUUGCUCAGAUAGACAGCAAGUCGCUUGAUGCAGAGCUAAUUAAAUAAACAAACAACAACAACAACGACAACAAUACAAAUAAAAAAAGAUUAUAUGCCUGCUCCAAUGAAUCUAAAAGAAGACACUGCUCUUCUCUAUUUAAAUAGGUGAGCCAGAUGACAACACACAAAUCAAUCAACAUUCUGUGCAAAGUCAAGGUUAAGGGCCUGUGUUUAGUUCUCCUCUGUCUCCAUCUGACCGUGGCUGACGUCCCUGGUCCCUGCAGGUACUCAGUGAGGAAGGAUCACCUGGACACAGUCAGGCGUCUGGUAAGACACCUGAGGGGAAAGGCUGAGAACCAGUUGAAAAAUGGAUGUUCAAUAACAUAUACAUUUACUGAGCAGGGGAAUCUGAGUGACACGUGUUACAUCAAAGCUGCAUUUCCCCAAAUUCUAGAACUUAUCGACACUCACUUCAGAUUUGCCAGGAGCUCAGACAAUGGACGCUAUGUAGAGGCCAUGAAAGCGCUGAUGCACAACAUGUACUCACAAAAGUGCAUCCCACCAAUCAAUGUGGAGCUUGAGGACGAUCCAGCAAAGUUUUCCAAAACCCACAGAGGUUCACCCAGAGAAGCACUGAACAAAGUUCUGGAGGUCUUCUCACUCUACCUGGAGCUAAUGUCCACUAGAAACAUACCAGUGGACUGGAGCUGUGAGGAAGAGUAUGCUAAGGAUGAACCCCAAUUCACCACACCCCUCUCCCAGACCACAGGUGCUGCUGAGUGCCAAUGCUUUAAUCCCACUGUGGAUUAUGGGGACUCUCAUCUGGUGUCUAUGACAGACUCCAGCCUUCCCUCACAGACCCCUGAAAUCCAAUCCUUUUCCUCUGAGGCUUCUGGAUGGGACCCACUGUUGCAGGGGACCCUUGAACCCGUGGCUGUCCACUGGGAAAUGGGGAGUACCAGCUUCAAAAUGGCCCAUGGUACAGACUCAGGAAACAGGCAGAAGGGUGGGGUCUUUAUUCCAUCUGCCGAGUUGCCGUUGCUCACAGCUGUUGGUGCUAAGCAUUCAACUGGGCUGAGCUCCACAUCCUCUUUUAAAAUGAUGGCAUUUCCCCCUAUGAAGGAGACCCGACCAUUUGGCACUGAAUCUGACACUAGCUCUGUCUUUUCUGAAGCCAUACACUACAGGUCACAGGAAGGCACUAGUGUUAUGGAAUUAUCUGUCAGCACUACUGAUUUGGGGGAGCAGUCCAUGAGUACAGCAUCGGGCAUUUCUAGGGAUCCUGCCCGAAGUACUAGUAGAACAAACAAUGUGGUGACAGAUUUGCCUGUAAGCCACACAUCCUUUGGGCCAAGGGUCGCCACCAUCCCCUCACAGGUGUUUGUAGGCAAUCCGUCCACACCUGUCCCGCUGCAGGAGUUUCAGGUGGAGGGGACCCCCAGGAGGCCGCGGGCUAAUGCACCGGUCCUGCUGGCCAAGCGAUCAGUAAAACCCAGACAGGACAGGUCACGAGCGGAUCUGUCGACCAACCCAGCCUAUCCCCAGAGAGCAACUACUUCCACCUCUCAGCUACCGCCCGCCAUUUCCAUGAUGAUAGCCAGAGAGAAAGACACUCCAAAGACUUGGUUGAGUGAUGACACUGGGCAGUUGCGUGGUCUGCCCACACCUGCAGUUCGCCCAACCCCCUCGCCUGACCCGGAACUCGAGGCACUUUUCCGCAAGACCGCUAACAAUGAUGUAGUGGGCUCAGGUAGAGUAUGGCCACCCCAGAUUGUUCUCUCCUUUGUGUCUUACCGAUGGCUUCUCUGAA